AAUUAAAAGGAAUGAAUUGCUUUUCUCAGUUGGGUGCGGGUUUGUGGUGCUCCCUGAGCUGUCUUUCCUGCGCCAAGAUGCUUCAAAAUUUUAUUAAAAAUGUGUGGCUCCCCUUGAAACCCUACUAUACCCAAGUUUACCAGGAGAUUUGGGUAGGAAUGGGGCUGAUGGGCUUCAUCGUUUAUAAACUCCAUGCCGCCGAUAAAAGAAAUAAGGCUGCGAAAGCUGUAGCAUCUGCUCGUGAUCAUCAUUAACCAGCUUACUUGGAGUACCUGUGAAAGAAAACGUCAGUCUGCCUGUAAAUUUGAGCAAGCCGUGUUAGAUGGGGCGCGUGGAACAUCACUGUACACUUGUAUGAGUACCGUUUACUUCAUGGCAUGAAUAAAUGGAUCUGUGAGAUGCUCUG